AUGCCGGGAGCGCGCGGUGGCGGCAGCGGCGGCGACGGCAGUCACGGCGGCGGCUCCGGCGGGGACGCGGGCGGGGCGGCGGGCGUGUGGGAAGUGGUCUCCCUCUUGGCGAAGCUGCUGGGCACCGUCGCCGCGCUGAAGGCCGUCCUGUACCUGCUCCGGGUGUGCCUAGCCAUGGCCUGGAAGUCCGGCGGCGCCAGCCACUCGGAGCUGAUCCACAACCUCCGCAAAAAUGGGAUCAUCAAGACAGAUAAAGUAUUUGAAGUAAUGCUAGCCACAGACCGCUCCCACUAUGCAAAAUGCAACCCUUACAUGGAUUCUCCACAAUCAAUAGGUUUCCAAGCAACAAUCAGUGCUCCACACAUGCAUGCAUAUGCACUAGAGCUUCUGUUUGAUCAAUUGCAUGAAGGAGCUAAAGCGCUCGAUGUAGGAUCUGGAAGUGGAAUCCUUACUGCAUGUUUUGCCCGUAUGGUUGGAUCUACUGGAAAAGUCAUAGGAAUUGACCACAUUAAAGAGCUAGUAGAUGACUCAAUAAAUAAUGUCAGAAAGGAUGAUCCAAUGCUUUUGUCUUCAGGGAGGGUGCAGUUGGUUGUGGGAGAUGGAAGAAUGGGAUAUGCCGAAGAAGCCCCAUAUGAUGCUAUUCAUGUAGGAGCCGCAGCCCCAGUUGUGCCCCAGGCACUAAUAGACCAGCUAAAGCCGGGUGGAAGAUUGAUAUUGCCGGUCGGUCCUGCAGGUGGAAACCAAAUGUUGGAGCAGUACGAUAAGCUACAAGAUGGCAGUGUCAAAAUGAAACCUCUGAUGGGAGUGAUAUACGUGCCUUUAACAGAUAAAGAAAAGCAGUGGUCCAGGACUUCGAGUACUAUGUUGAAUAAAAGUGGCGAGAUUGGGCAUCCUUGUCUUGUUCCUGAUCUUACAGGAAAAGCUUUCAGCUUUUCACCGUUGAGUAUGAUGUUAGCUGGGGCUUGUCAUAUAUGGCCUUUAUUAUGUUGAGGGACGAACUGUAAAAGCAACAUCAGCUUGACCAGUAUAUAAUAUUACAGUGGAUUGCUCAUCUCAGUCCUCAGAGCUUUUUGAAAACCAACAGCAUCACAGCUUGUUUUGGACUUUGUUACACUAUUAUUUUCAGCAUGAAAAUGUGUGGUUUUGUAGAGUUUCUAAUUCUUCAAAGAGGCGCAGAAGCCAAACAUACAAGAAUGAUGCAAAGGCUAAAUUUUGAAUGUGUAUAUUAUUUCUUUAACAUGCCCACAUCUUACUUUAAAAUAUUAAAAGAAGGGGUUCUGCAAAAUGGAAACCUUAGUUUGUGAAUAAUUUUGAGGAAUAACUUUUGUUAAACUUAUUUGUUCCAAUAUUAAUAUGUCAAAUUGCUUUUGUGUAUCAGAUAACACCACCAUUCACAAGUUACGACUCUUGGAUUUUGGAUGUCUGUUAGAUGCUACUAAGAAAAUAGAGAUGAGCUUCCUUGUAAAAGCUUUUGAUGUGGUGUCAUAGAAUAGCAUGUUGUAGAUACAAUCAGCUGCUUUGGUAUCUUAAACUAAGCAUUUGUAAAUAUUAAAACUUAAGAUGGCAGGUGAUGUCCCUUAAAACACUCAGCUGUUCGGAUUGGACAUAACUGACAUAGUUCUUCCUUUCUCUCUUUAAAAAUUAUAGGAGACUAGUAGCAGAGUAUUGUUUUUUCUGUUUUGAAUUUGCUGCUGAUAAUGUAUAUGAAUUUAACAUGCUGUGUAAGCUGUGUCCUAGUUACUGAACAGUUUAUACAGUGCUGCUUUGCCAAAUAAAAGUUAAAGUAAAAGAG